AUGAAGGAGCCAAGAAGAAGCCAUAAGGUCUUUGUGGCAUGCGAUAGGUGUAAAAAGAAAAAGAGAAAGUGUGAUGGAAAGCAUCCUUGUGGGAGAUGCCGUUCUGCCAAUACACUAUGCCUUUAUGAUGAAAAUCGUUUAGCACAAUAUCAGGAAAGUAAUAUUGAUCCUGCCGUUUUGAAAACUAUUUUGGAUCUUAAAUAUCAAAAUGAAAGGAUCUCAUCCACAUUGUCAGAGACUAGACGGUUAUUAGAGCUAAAGGAACGCGAAAUUACGAGGAUUAGGACAUUGUGUAAACAACAACAACAACAAAUACGUCUGCUAAACUCUUUGCAGAAACAGCAAGGAAAACUUUUCACCAACCCUCAGACACUACGAAAUGAGUCGAAUGAUACACAAAUGUCUGCUCGAACAAUAUUUGCGACAGCAAUAACGAAGAUGCUUUAUCAUGGGAAGAAUAGCGAUUCGGAAUAUGUUGGGUCUUUUGCAAUUGUGUCUAUUUCAAAAUCCAUAAGAAAUCUCUUGGGUGCGCGUGAAGAAACAUGCAACACACCCCUUUUUCUUGAUGUUGAAGGUCAAUACUUGGGUGCUGCUCCCAAGGAUGUUGAGCUGAGCUUUCUGGAAAACUUCAUUUCAGUUUCACAUAACAGAUACUUCAUAUUGGAGAAGGGGAAGCUUAAGGAUACGUUCAACCUACCCGUAUCAGAAAGAUCGCACUGGCAGCACUUUUAUCUAAACAUGGCGUUAGGAAUAGGCUGUAGAUUGGUACCUGUUCAUCGUGUUUCUACGUACCAGGCACCGGAGUACUAUUUCAGAGAUGCUAUGAAGCAUUUAGCAAACUCGGAACUGGAUUCUUUGAAGGAAAUUCAAGCAUGUGCUCUUAUUGCCAUAUUUGUCGGUAAGUGCCCCAAGUCAUAUUUUUAUCUUAGUUCAUGGGAACUUGCUGGAAUAGCAAUGAGAAAGUUAAUUCAAUACGGAUAUCACCGUAGAAGGUACGUAACAGAGAAGAAUGCGUUAAGAUAUGAAUUUAUUAAAAGACUCUUUUGGUCUGUUUACAAUUAUGAGAAAGUGCUUUCAUUGUCAUUGGGUAGACCAAGUUCGAUAAAUGAAGAAUUUAUCGACAUUCCAUUGCCCGUCAGCAUAGAGAUUUCCGAUCAUCCUGAUGAGGAAGAGAUUGCACUUCUAUAUAAAAUUCAAAAAAUGCAGCAGGAAGGGGUCAAAUUUGAUCAGCCAAUAACGCAGAUAACAUCCUUUAUAGAAACGAGUGCCAUCAGACAAAUUGAAAGUCGGACUAAUUUACUGUUUUAUUCGGUAAAUUCGUUUAUUCCAAGUGCCGACUCUUUUGACUUAAUAAUGCAAUCAAUAGAAAAUUGGCACACAAAAUUACCGCAAAGGACAGAAUUCGAGAGAACAAUGAAAGGGCUUGAAAGCUACGAUUACCUCGAAUUGUUGUACCAUCGUGCAAAACUUUUAGUACUCCUUCCGAAAAUCAUGUUUUGUGAUUCUAAGGAAAGAGUGUCCUUAUUACGUUUAGCGUGCAUAUCGGCUAACGGAAUAUGCAAUAGCUAUAUGGGGAUGUAUCGAGACUCAGUUCUGGUUUUCAGUGUGUUUGCUCUUCAUACUGCCUUUUUAGCAGGAAUCACGAUGGUUUAUUACGUUAGGUUAAACGGAUAUCCAAAAUUUUUAGAGUUAGGCUCUUCUAUGAAGUCUUGUUCAGAUUUGCUGGAAAUUUUUGCAAAACGUGGACCAGAGUGUAAAGUGUAUCGGAACAUUUUUGAUACUUUGUGGGGCCUUGUGGGAUCAAAUUUCCAAAAUAAGAAGUCGCUUGAGUCAACUGCAGAGAAAAGGGAUUCUGAAAAUACAUUUUCUCCAGGAAAAUAUAAAGGAUCAGGUGAUACCGUUAUUUCUGAUUGGGAAUUUAAUGAAGACUUCUGGAAACAGGUUAUGCUUGAUAUAAACAAAUAA